AUGGCCUCCGGGUCCAUCCUCACGCCCUCCCUUCCCCGUUCGAACCCUUCGAACUACCUCCAGAACGGACACCUAUCUCCUCUUGCUCACAACGUGACCAAUGCGGACGAGCUGCCUGGCCGCAGCGGAAGCGAAUUGUCGGAAGCCAAGGAUGCUGCUGUCGAACCACCAUCCUCUGGACUGGACAGCCAGGGGGCUGUACAAGACGACAAUGUUGCGGACAUGGCCACUUCGGAAUCAUCCCAGGAUGAGGAUGCCGAAGGUGAAGCGGAUGCUGAUUACGAGUUCGAAACCGCUCCGCCGGCCGAGUCCAAUGCCCAGGAGGCCGAGAGCUCGUCGGAGGAAGAACCCCGGCGGUCGCUCAAGCGCCCGGCGAGCGCAGAGGACGAUGAUUACAUGAUGAACAACCCGGAACUGUACGGCCUGCGAAGAAGUGGCCGUGCUCGACCAAACCGUCGUGUGGUAGACAGCAGUUCCGAGAACGACGAUUCUGGCUCUGAUGCUGUAGGCGUGCGGGCCCGCAAGAAGCGGAGGUCAACCGCCCCAUCGAAAGUGUCGAAGCAGCCUACACCUUCGGAACUGUCAAGUACUGGGUCGGGGUCCGAGUCCGAUGUCUACGUUGGCGCCCGCCGUAACGCUCUGACCAAGAAACAACGGCGACGGCAAUUGCUGGUUGCAGCUGGCAAGGCACCCCCUUCCCGUAACGAAGUUCGAUUCUCCACGCGACAGGCUGCGAAAGUUACAAACUACAACGAGGAUGACAAGGACUCUUUCAGCGAGGAAGAGUCAGAGCUCAUGACACCUAACUAUUGGGCCGCUGGUGCGGAUAGUGAUGCACCAGCCAUAGAUGUAGUCCUGGCUCAUCGUCUAAAAGACGACAUAAGUGUGUUUAAUCAACUCGUCUCCUGCUCCGCUGCUAACGACAGGCAAGGUCCAGGCCCAGAUACUGAAAAGAACGACUUCGAGUACUUUAUCAAAUGGCAAGGCAAAGCACAUUACCAUGCCACCUGGGAUGAAUGGGCAAACUUAACCUCCUACCGCGGCUUUCGGCGCCUUGAAAACUACUUCCGCAAAGUAGUCGCGGAAGAGAUUUACAUAACAACGGAUCCUGACGUACCGCCGGAGGAGCGGGAGAAGUGGGCUCUGGACCGCGAACGAGAAGCCGAUGCCCUGCUUGAGCAUCAACAAGUGGAACGUAUUAUCGGGACGCGGGAGGGUGAUGAUGGCACUGAGUACUUCGUCAAAUGGAAGGGCCUCAAUUACGACUCGAGCACCUGGGAAGACGCAGCUCUCGUGAGCGAACUUGCGCAGACCGAAAUUGAUAGAUACCUAGACAGGUCUUCCAAGCUGCCGGUAUCCAACAAAGCCGAGUCGAAUCCCAACACACGUCGUCCAUAUCAGAAGAUCGCCGAACAGCCUUCAUACAUCAAACAUGGUCAGCUCCGGGAAUUUCAGGUCCGCGGUGUCAACUUCCUGGCAUACCAUUGGUGCAAGGGAGAUAAUGUCAUUCUCGCAGAUGAAAUGGGUCUUGGCAAGACCGUCCAGACCGUCUCCUUUAUGAAUUGGCUUCGUCAUGAGAGAGGCCAACAAGGACCUUUCAUCGUCAUAGUUCCUCUAUCGACAAUGCCGGCGUGGGCUGAUACCUUCAACAACUGGACGCCUGAUCUCAAUUACGUUGUAUACAACGGCAACGAGACCGCGCGGAAGAUUAUCAGAGAGCAUGAGAUGCUCGUUGACGGCAACGUUAAGAGGGUUAAGUUCAACGCUCUCCUCACGACCUACGAGUUCAUACUGCAAGACUCGGCCUUCCUCUCGCAGAUCAAGUGGCAAUUCAUGGCUGUGGACGAGGCGCAUCGUCUGAAGAACCGCGAGUCACAGCUCUACGCUAAGCUGAUGGAGUUUGGCGCUCCGAGCAGGUUGCUCAUUACUGGCACUCCAAUACAGAACACCCUUGGCGAACUGUCAGCUCUCAUGGAUUUCCUGAUGCCAGGAAAGGUGACAUUAGACGAGAAUAUCGACCUACAAUCGGAGAAUGCCGGUCUGAAGCUCGACGAGCUCACGAAAGCGAUCCAGCCCUACAUGAUCCGUCGAACGAAGCAGAAAGUGGAAAAUGAUCUGCCGCCUAAGACUGAGAAGAUUAUCCGAGUCGAACUGUCUGAUGUACAGCUGGAGUACUACAAGAAUAUCCUCACCAGGAAUUAUGCCGCGCUAAACGCGGGAGCAAAAGGUCAUAAGCAGUCACUUUUGAACAUCAUGAUGGAACUGAAGAAAGCUUCCAAUCAUCCAUUCAUGUUUCCGAACGCCGAGGGGCGAAUACUGGCCGGCAGCGAGCGUCGGGAAGACAUACUGAAAGCGUUGAUCACGAGCAGCGGCAAGAUGAUGCUACUCGAUCGACUUCUUACGAAGCUGAGGAAGGACAACCAUCGCGUGCUCAUUUUCAGCCAGAUGGUGAAGAUGCUGGAUAUUCUGGGAGACUACCUCCACUACCGCGGUUAUCAGUUCCAGCGGCUGGACGGCACAGUUGCCGCUGGCCCCCGUCGCAUGGCUAUCGAUCACUUCAACGCUCCCGACAGUAAUGAUUUCUGCUUCCUCCUCUCCACUCGGGCUGGUGGUCUUGGUAUCAAUCUCAUGACCGCAGACACUGUCAUCAUCUUCGACUCCGACUGGAAUCCUCAAGCCGAUCUGCAAGCCAUGGCUCGCGCUCACCGUAUCGGUCAGAAGAACCCGGUAACAAUUUACCGGCUCGUCUCGAAAGACACCGUAGAAGAAGAAGUGCUUGAGCGCGCCCGAAACAAGCUCAUACUAGAGUUCAUCACCAUUCAGCGUGGUGUCACGGACAAGGAUGCGAAGGAGUUCUCAGAGAAGAUUGCCCGUGCUGGCCAUGGCGUUGCCGAACCUACCAACAGUGAUGACAUCUCGCAAAUUCUAAAGCGUCGCGGCCAGAAGAUGUUCGAACAAUCUGGUAACCAGAAGAAGCUAGAGGAGCUCGACAUCGAUGCGGUGCUUGAAAGCGCCGAGGAGCACAAGACCGAACAGCCUGAAGGCCUUACUGCUGACGGUGGCGAAGACUUUCUCAAGAGUUUCGAAUAUACCGACGUCAAGAUUGAUCUCGACUGGGACGAUAUCAUUCCAAAGGAUCAACUUGAUGCAAUUAAAGCUGAAGAGAAGAAGAAGGAAGAUGAGAAGUAUCUUGCAUCUGUUAUCGAGCAGAACCAACCUCGAAAGCGCAAGGGAGCGCCGGAUGAUCGGGAGCAGCGGGCUGCGAAGAAGCGGGCUCGAGAGGCUGCAGCCGAAGCGAUUGCCAACGAUGACGACGAGGACUCCACAGACAACGAUCCCAAACGGCCGCUGAACGAGAAGGAGAUCCGCAACCUCAUCAAAGCACAUGAACGAUAUGGCUCACUUGAGACGCGUGGUGAGGAGAUGAUCCGGGAUGCGAGGUUGGUUGGCCGUGAUCCGGACAUCCUGAAAGCAACGCUUGACGAUGUGCUUGAUACGGCACGGAGGCUCUUGAAGGAGGACCAGGAUAAGGUCGAUGCGAUGGUACGAGAGGCAAGCAAGUCUUUAACCAAGAAGGACAAAAAGGCCAUUCUCUUCGAUUACAAGGGCGUAAAGCGCUUGAAUGCCGAAACCCUUCUGGAACGACCCGUCGAAAUGCGCAUGCUCCAGGAUGCCACAUCAGCUGCUGGCGACUGGUCAAACUUCCGCGUUCCCGAAGCAUCAAAAGCUGCGCACUAUACCUGUGAGUGGGGAGCCCGCGAGGACGGCAUGCUAUGUGUUGGUCUCGCCAGGCACGGUUUUGGCGCAUGGCCUGCCAUUCGGGACGACCCAGAGCUCGGCAUGACUGACAAGUUCUUUCUGGAAGAGCAUCGAGUUGACAAGAAGGAAGAGCGGAGCAAAGCUGAAGACAAGAACGCAAAGUCACCGGGCGCUGUUCACUUGGUCCGCCGAGCCAACUACCUGCUGAGCGUCCUCAAGGACAAGACCAGCAACGGCACCAACAUUGCUGCCAAGCGGGCAAUCGAGAAUCAUCACCGCAACAACAAGAAGUACGCCAUGAGCCAGCGGGGCCCCGACAAGUCGGGAAGCGUGUCUCAGAGCCCAGCUCCCGGCAGCGUGUCCAGCAAUGUCCGCAAGGUUACCCGGGAGCGCGCGUCAGAAAAGUCGCGCAACCGUGCCCAGAGCCAGAGUGAGCAUCGCCGAAGUGCUGACCGCCGCUCGCCCCAGGACGAGCGCAAUGGUACCCCGGAUGUGCGCCGCAAGCCCACCGAGGCGGAUGACAAGCACAAGCAGCGCAAGGCGAACGAGCGGCCAAAGCACCAGUCUCAUCGCUCCACAGACAGCAUUCCCAACGGCGCAUCCCCGCCUGCACACGACGAUCGGCUUACUCGGGUCUUCAGACCUAUCCAGUCGAACCUCGAGCGCGUGCGCAAUGCCAAGCCAGCGCUGAUGCCGGACUCCAAUGCGCGGCUGAAGGUGUACAAGGUCGAGCUUAUCAAGAUCGGCAACUUCAUCAGGAAAGAGGUGAGGGAGGGGGGGUCUGAAGAUCAGCUCUGGAACCACGUCAGCAGCAAGUACUGGCCCAAGAAGGACGCCACGGGCAGCCAGCUGAGCCAGAUGUAUCGCAAGCUUCUCCAGAAGGAGACUACAACCACCGCCUCGUCCGGCAACAAGGACUCAUCGGCGAGGACCAACGGCCAACAGGUCAACGGGGAGAAGGCACGGGUCAAGGCGUAA